CAGCCCAGCGCCUGGAGGGGAUCCGCCGCCAUCUCAGAUCUGUCGGCCUUGCCAGGGCCCACCGGAGAAAGCUGCAGCUCAGGUUCUAUCACACUUAUGGGGGACCAGCCUUGUGCCUCCGGGGGCUCUACGCUCCCUCCUGGAAACACGCGGGAAGCCAAGCCUCCAAAAAAGCGCUGCCUCCUCGCGCCGCGGUGGGAUUAUCCAGAAGGAACUCCCAACGGAGGUAGUGCAGCCCUCCCCUCCGCAUCUCCUCCCGCGCCAGCCGGCCUGAAGUCGCACCCUCCUCCUCCGGAGAAGUAGUGAAAUGUAUUUCCCCCCCUACCCUACACCAGUUUUCAAGGGAUUGCGGUAUGACUCCAUUUCUCUGGUGCAUUUGUAAAAUAAUUUACCUAGUGAUGACAAUUUACAAUGCUACUCCACUUUUUCUGAUGUUCUGCACUUGGAGGUUGUGAUUUUAAAGGGCACCUGAAGAUCUGGACCUUCAGCUUGAUUCAAAUCUUGGGCUCCAGUAAGAAUAGGAUUAACCAAGAAGCAUCUUGUGACAAAAGGCAAACUGUUCUUCAAAUGGGCAAUACCAUCUUCUUAUCUUGAAGAGAACAGCCAAAAGCUACAGAUCAACCACCCACCAGGCUUCUCCAGACAAAGAUGGAACUCAGGUAUGGUCACUCAGGCCAUACCUGUGACUUGAGACAAUUUAACUAUGCAUACCUUUAUCAUUCCCUGCCCCUAUUUAUCCCCAUUGAACUUGAAGUCAAUGUCUGUACUUCUGAAGAUGAUUAACAAUGUAUGUACUGAAAUGCUGUCUUCCUAUGACUGUCAUGUAGUAAACCUCCUUUCUCUGCUCU